CGCACUCGCUCCCUUUCCCGUGCCAAUAACAAUCAUUGAAAACGAACAGCAAUCCCCGAAGAUUGUUACUUCAUCAGGCCUUUAUUUCCAACAAAUCGAGCCGAACAUGGCAGAAUUACGCCACCGAGGAGCGACGGAUAACGAACCGCAGCAUCAAAACUUGGAGGAUAAGGGCUCUGAAACAGAGGGAAAGGAGAGAGACGGAGCCUCGGACAAUGAGACCAAGUCAGACUCUGGACUUCCUGAGGUUCCUGUGUCUGCCGAUGACACACCAGAGGUUCUCAACAAAGCCCUCUCUGGCCUCUCCUCGCGAUGGAAGAACUGGUGGGUGAGGGGCAUCCUCACGCUGGCUAUGAUCUCCUUCUUCUUCAUCAUUAUUUAUCUCGGUCCGAUGGUGCUGAUGAUGAUUGUGCUGUGUGUUCAGAUCAAGUGUUUCCAUGAGAUCAUCACAAUUGGUUACAGCGUCUAUCACUCUUACCACCUGCCCUGGUUCAGAACACUAAGCUGGUACUUCCUGUUGUGUGUGAACUACUUCUUCUAUGGUGAAACGGUGGCAGAUUAUUUCUCCACACUGGUGGAGAGGGAGGAUUCUCUACGCAUCCUCAGCAAAUACCACCGCUUCAUUUCCUUUGCCCUGUACCUCACAGGGUUCUGCAUGUUUGUUCUGAGCCUUGUGAAAAAACACUAUCGCCUGCAGUUCUACAUGUUCGGCUGGACUCAUGUGACCUUGCUGAUUGUGGUGACUCAGUCCCACUUAAUCAUUCAUAACCUGUUUGAGGGGAUGAUCUGGUUUAUUGUGCCCAUUUCCUGUGUUAUCUGUAAUGACAUCAUGGCUUACAUGUUUGGCUUCUUUUUCGGUCGCACCCCUCUCAUCAAGUUGUCUCCUAAGAAGACGUGGGAGGGGUUUAUCGGUGGCUUCUUCUCCACUGUUGUUUUUGGAAUCCUACUGUCCUACGUGAUGUCAGGUUACCGCUUCUUUGUGUGUCCUGUGGAGUUUAACAAUGACUCCAACAGUUUCACAGUAGACUGUGAGCCGCCUGAGCUCUUCCAGCUUCAGGACUACGGUCUGCCGCCUGUCCUGCAGUCCAUCACGGGCUGGACCACAGUGAAGUUGUACCCAUUCCAGAUCCACAGCAUUGCCUUGUCAGCAUUUGCCUCCAUCAUGGGACCUUUUGGAGGGUUUUUCGCCAGUGGCUUCAAAAGGGCCUUCAAAAUCAAGGACUUUGCAAACACCAUUCCAGGUCAUGGAGGAAUCAUGGAUCGUUUCGACUGUCAGUACCUUAUGGCCACAUUUGUAAAUGUUUACAUCGCCAGCUUUAUAAGAGGGCCAAACCCCUCUAAAGUCAUCCAGCAGCUUCUUGCUUUGAGACCAGACCAACAGCUGCACAUCUUUAACUCGCUCAAGGCUCAUCUGACAGAGAAAGGCCUGCUCCCUGCCCUGGAAGCAGCAGCCUAGCUUUCCAGACCACUUCACCGGAGUGAACAUGUGUGGAAGUGGGAGAUGAGAUGAGAUGAGGAACACAAGAAGGGAAACAACGGAGAACUGAACCACAACCUUGGGUCAUUCCAUUUUUUUCUUUGUGUGUGUACAAUUCAGUGUUUUUGCUUAUAUUAUUUUUGUGAAUGUUUUAUGUUUAUCUCUUACACCACAAAAGAAUAUUAUAUAUAUUAAGAUGACGUCGUUGUUACAGUUCUUCGAGCUGUCCAAUUCCACUUGUGUACAAAUGUUCUGUGCCUAUAGAUGGUCUGAAUAUUUUAUAGUGUUCAUUAUGUUUUAUUUUGUUUUAAUGCACUGCUCAUCACACUGUCAUUUCAACCUCAGGCUAGUCUUUGUUUCCAUAUGCCAUCAUAGUCUCAAAAAAGAUUGUAUUUCCACUGCUUAAUGCCGUAUUCAUAUUUGUUUUCAUGUUUUUGGGUUUUGAGGUUUAUGUAACGUUAUAUUUAAGAGAAUUGUGGUCAUUGCUAUCAAAUGUGUGCUUCA